GGGAACUUCAACUCAUAUACUCCAUCUGCACCUGUCACCUAAGAAGCACAAACAAAAGAGCUGUCCGUCUGGGAUGUCUGUUAAAAGUACAAAAGGAGGUCCAGACAGCCGACCCUCCUCUGCUGCAAGCAUUUCUCCACGAGGAGGGAGGGCUGCAGCAGCUGGAAAAUCGCCCGCUAUGGGGAAAUUCAAAAACAAGGCCCUUCAGCUUAGCCUCUCCAAGAAAUUCUGCUCCAAGUCCUCCACAUCCAAGGAGAAGGUGCCUGAGGAAGAGGAGGGCAAGAGGAAGAGUAAAAGGAGCCUCAGCAACAGCUCUAUGGUGGCAGCUGCCUAUAUCUCCUACCUUAAUAAACUUUUUGGACAGGAGAGGGAGCUGAUGCCGCUGGAGAUUGAUGAGCUUCAAGAGGCCUUUAAGGAAUUUGAUUACGAUGCGGAUGGAUUCAUCCAUUACAAAGACAUUGCAGAAUGCAUGAGAACCAUGGGCUACAUGCCUACAGAGAUGGAGAUUAUCGAGAUCAUCCAACAAAUCAAGAUGAAAUGGGGUGGACAUGUAGACUUUGAGGAUUUUUGUGAGUUGAUGGGGCCACGAAUGCUGGCUGAGACAGCUCAUAUGGUCGGACUGAAAGAGCUCCGCUCUGCCUUCAAACAGUUCGACUGUGACGGAGACGGAAAGAUCACACUGGAGGAACUGAAGGAGGGCAUGAAGACCCUCCUCGGGGAGAAACUGAAAAAAGGAGAAUUGGAGGAGAUCCUCGGCGACAUUGACCUCAACAAAGAUGGAAGCAUCGACUUUGAUGAGUUUGUGAUGAUGCUCUCUGCGCGGUGACCUCUGAUGAAAAGAGAAGCUGAGGGAUCAAAAAUUCAUUUACGACGAGGUCCACUUCCUCCAAGUUUGAUUUGAAGCUUUGUGUUAAGAAAAAACAUGGAGUUUUAGGCAUCUAUGAACACAAUCGGAAGAUUAGGUUGAGUAAGUGCAGUGAGUUAUACAAUCAAAAGCAAAAUGCUGUAAGGUUGCCCCCAUGUGGGCAACAAAUGCAAGGCUUCAAAGGAGAAAAAAAAAAGUUUAAAAAGUUAGUUUUUGCAUUUUUUUGGUGAACAAAUUUUCUAUUUUUCCACUUUCCUUGCAUGUAUGAACUGUUUUGAUGUAUGACUUUAAUCUAAUGUCUCCUAAUAAAGAUAUAAAGACAUUAAUAAUAAGAAUCCACUGGGGUUCAUGUUUGAAAAAAAGUGCAUUUAUUGUUGAAAAAUGAUAACUUAAAACAUUUUAGCAAAAAGCAAGAUCUGUCUGAAAAGGCUUUGUACA